AUGCCUAGCCAACCGCCCCUCCCACCCCUCCUCAUUCCCUACGUAUCGUCUCUGCCGCCAUCCUCCCUCACAGUCCUAUCUUCAGUCCUAGGCGCAACAGGGAAUUGGCUAGUCCUACGAUUCCUAUAUGCUGCCUUGAAUUCGUCUUCCGCAUCAGACGCUGUUGCGGGUCUCAGCGACACCAACAAUGGGAGAAAGAGGAAGGUCGUGCUCGUGAGUUUUCUGCGGGGUUGGGAAUUUUGGAGGUCCGAGGCCAAAAGAUUGGGCCUCGAUCUUGCCCGCCUCACAGACAAACGCCAAUUCGCCUUUGUUGACGGACUCUCCGAACUUUUCGCCGCCCCCUCCAUUACUUCGACUCAGACAUCAACAAUCCAACCCUCGUCGCGAGGAACAGUGCCUCCCCGGACAGUUCUGCCCCUCAGGUCGCAACCCGGACCCGUUCCCGCGCGAGGACCGCAACCCGCUGCUCAGCCAGUCGCUGCACCUCCGAACCCGCCAACAUCGAGAGAAGUCGGGCCAGUUAAGCGGCUUCACCUAUCAGGAAAUGGGAAUGCAGCUUUGGAUGUGCUCGAGAAAGACAUUGCGGCGGUGAUCAAUGAUUUGAAAACAUCAACAUCCGGUGAUGAACAGGAAGAGCCCGAGGUGUUAUUGAUUAUCGAUCAGCCAGAUCUGCUGCUAGCCGCUACGGGUCCGAGCAGGGGCAUAGGCGCUACAGAGAUGGGAGAUUGGGUGAUGGGUCUACAACAGUACGCUCACGCAACGAUCAUGACGGCGUCCUCUGACUCUCCAUUGAUCCACAAUGCUUCCGCAUCUGCGCACCAGGGAGCAACUCCGCUGGAGACUGAGCAUGCCGCUUUUGCUAUCGGAUCGGCUCAUCGGGCGCACAUGGUUAUGCAGCUCCGAAACCUUGAAACGGGUGCCGCAAGGGAUGUCAGCGGUGUGCUCAGGGUCAGCAAAGGUGGCGCAUGGGGGCAAAAUGACAGCACCGAGGCUAAUGGUCAUUGGGAAGAGAAGGAAGUCCUAUAUUUCGUUCAAAGGGAUGGUGGUGUUAGCGUCUUUGGGCGAGGAGAAUAG